CCUCCUCAGCUCCAACCCCCAGCUGUUUUUAAUUCGAAAAUUUUCGAACCAAGCCCAUCUCUCUCGUCUUCCACCUCCUGCCUUCCCCACCCCCACCGCACAGCGCCCGGCCCGGCCCCAACCAGAGACCAGACAGCUCCGUUUCCCCUCCCCCGUCCUGCCUCCACCUCGACCGCGCACCAAACCCGCAGCCACAUUCCCUCCUCCAGCCAGCCCAUCCCCGCUCUCGCGCCCCUCCGCUCCGAGCGGCGGCGGCGGCGGCGGAUACGGCGGCGCCCGCCCCUACCGGGCAGUUGCGGCGGCGGACGAGUCUUCCCCGGAAGAGGGAGGCAGGCUCUGGCCGGAGUGUGUACGGCCGCCUCGUGCUGAGGACAGGCGGGGCGCGAGAUCCGGGCUGGAAGGGUGGAGGGGUCGCGUUGGUGGCGCCGUGGCGUCGGCGUGAUCUGAAAUGAGAUUGGACCCGACGGCGCGGUAUUCGCUGCGGAGGUAGACGGCCAUGACGACCAACACCAAGCGCGCCUACAAGCUCCAGGAGUUUGUGGCGCACUCUUCCAAUGUUAACUGCCUCAAGAUUGGGAGGAAGACCUCGCGGGUUCUUGUCACAGGAGGAGAGGAUCAUAAGGUCAAUCUUUGGGCUAUUGGGAAGCCCAAUUCAAUAUUGAGUUUAUCAGGGCACACAAGUGCUGUGGAGUCGGUUGGUUUUGAUUCCACGGAAGUGUUUGUGGCUGCAGGAGCAGCCAGUGGAACAAUAAAACUAUGGGAUUUGGAGGAGGCAAAGAUUGUCCGCACUCUUACUGGGCAUAGAUCAAACUGUAUGUCAGUUGAUUUCCAUCCGUUUGGGGAAUUCUUUGCCUCUGGGUCGUUGGACACUAAUCUGAAGAUAUGGGAUAUAAGAAGGAAGAAUUGCAUCCAUACAUACAAAGGUCACACACGAGGGGUGAAUGCUAUUAGAUUCACACCCGAUGGUCGGUGGGUUGUGUCUGGUGGUGAAGAUAAUAUAGUAAAGCUCUGGGAUCUGACUGCUGGAAAGUUAUUACAUGAAUUCAAGUGUCAUGAGGGUCAGAUCCAGUGCAUAGAUUUCCACCCCCACGAGUUCCUUCUGGCAACAGGUUCAGCUGAUAAAACUGUCAAGUUCUGGGAUUUGGAGACUUUUGAGUUGAUUGGUUCUACUGGACCUGAGACAACAGGUGUUCGAUCCAUGACAUUCAAUCCUGACGGAAGAUCUUUGUUAUGUGGGUUGCAUGAAAGCUUAAAGGUUUUCUCCUGGGAGCCAAUAAGAUGCCAUGAUACUGUGGAUGUGGGAUGGUCUAAACUUGCUGAUUUGAAUGUCCACGAGGGAAAACUUCUUGGUUGUUCUUUCAAUCAAAGUUGUGUAGGAAUAUGGGUUGUUGAUCUGACGCGUCUUGAGCCAUAUGCAACGGGUACUUCAACAAAACUAAAUGGUCAUUCUGAAUUGAAGACUGUGUCUAGCGGCACUUUGCCUUUACAAAAUGAUAGUGGCUCAAGGGCUAACAUAGGGCGAUCAUCAACCUUGCAAACUUCAGAGAAUAACCUAAAAGCUUCUUCAGGAAGAUUGUCGGCACAAAACUCAGAUUCUGCACCCAAAGAGACUAAAUUGGCACCCUCAAGCGGGUUGGUCCCAAGCACACCACAAAGGGCUGGAGUUAGCUCCAAUAAUAGAUCUGUUGGAAAUUCAGCUUUUCAAUCUGGUGGUACCACCUUAAAGAGAAGUUCAUUGCGGAGUAACAGUGCAUCUAAUGUCCACAAUUUCAGUAAAGCUGAUGUAGUGCCAGUCAUUGUUCCCAGAACUAGCUCAGGAGGGGAGUUGGCUACUGAUUCUAGAAGUGAUGCUGCUGAUGUGGCACCUGUUCUUCCUAAGGUAACCAGAAGGGUUGAUCCUGCUACUGAUUCUAGAAAAGAAAGUAAUGAUGUGGAUCUUGUUAUUCCUAAAGCAAGCUCAAGAGUGGAAAUAGCCUCUGAUUCAGCACCCGUUUCUACUUUCAAGUCAGGCAGAAGGUUGGAGGCUGCCCCUGAUUCAAAAAAAGAAAGUGCUGAUACAACACCUGUUGUUCCCAAUCCUAGGGCAAAUGCAAGAAUGGAGAUGGCCUCUGAUUCUGCGCCUGCUCUUUCAAAGGCAAACAGAAAGCUAGAUUCUGGUACUGAUUCAAAGAAAGAAAGUGUUGAUGCAGUACCUGCCAUUGUACCCAGAGCAAAUUCUAGAAUGGAAAUGAAUUCUGAUUCUAGGAGAGAACCCUCUGCUGGAAGAGUAUCACCAUUCAGAAUCCAGUCAAGAUAUGCUGAGCUACGGAAGCUAACCCAUGCCAAAAUUGAUGCAAACAAAGUUGACAGUGGAAGUAAAAUUACUGAAACAGAUGACUUCAAUUGCCAAAUAUUUCUUCCCCGUAGAAAUGGUGUUUUUCAAAUAAGUUCUGAAGAAUCCCGCGAAGAUGUAAAGUGUGGUCCAGCUGACAGGAUGGGAUUUUCAAAUUCGUCAGAACCAAAUGCAAGUGUCCGCAGUGAGAAUUAUGUUUCUAGAAUGCGCAAACCAAGAGAUAACUGCUAUAUUGAAGUUUCAAGAGCAGGGAGAGCAAGGUCAAAUGUCUCUAAUUGGGAAGGGAGGGAUCAGUCCCCUAGUCACGAAGAACCGACAACAAGCAGUUCUUCGCUGGCUCCUACAGGCCGUCCAUAUUCAUCUAGAGGAAGCAAACAAGCUUCUGAAACUCCAAUCAUAGUUAGUGAUGAAGAUGUUCUAUCACUUCUCAUGGAACAACAUGACUUAUUUCUAAGCUCAACAAAGUCUCGGCUGACAAAAUUGCAGAUUAUUCAUCAAAUGUGGGAAAGAAAUGACAUCAGGGGUGUGCUCUCCGCGAUGGAGAGGAUGGGUGAUCAUGCUGUCUGUGCUGAUAUGGCUAGUGUUCUGAUGGAGAAAAGUGAAAUAAUAACACUUGAUUUAUGUACCUCUAUCCUGCCUGCUGUCACUGAUCUUCUGGAGAGUAAAAUUGACAGACACUUGUCCGUCACAUUGGAAUUGUUGGUGAAGCUUGUAAGGACUUUUGGUCCAAUGAUACAUUCAACAGUAUCAUCAGGUCCUUGUGUUGGCGUAGACCUUGAAGCAGAGCAAAGGAGGGAGCGCUGCAACUUAUGCUUCAUUGAAUUGGAGAAGGCCAAAAAUAAGCUUCCGUCUCUAACAAGAAGAAAAGGGGCGGUUGCAAAUGCUGCACAAGAGCUUGCUCUUGUCUUCCAGGAAAUCAUGAGUUGACUGACGACACACUAGAUAUACACAAUUAGAUGGGACAUGCUUCCCCCUGAUGGCAACAAGAUUGGAUAUUAGCUGCCAUGGAGCGCUAGCUAGCUAUUCAGUCUUAGCACCGUCAUCAAGCUCCAAGGCCACAGCAGGGACAAAGGCACUUUGUUGCUGCUGAUCGCGCCUUUUGUACACAUGCUGACACAUAAUCCAUGUCAUUUGUGAAGAGAAGCUGCCAUGGACAAUGACUUCAGCCACACUAUUAUGUGGAUGUCGUUUCAGCGACUGCCGGAGAUGUUAUAGGCCCCAAUCAAUGAUGAUGAGCAGAUGUGACUUGGGAUUGCUUCUCUGGCACAGUUUGCUGUCUGUAACAUCUUUCGCAUGUACCGUUAGCAUGUGCAUGUGCACCAGUGAAGUGGUUGCAUUUGGUAGUUUAUGGUUGGGUUGUGUUGUGUUGUCGUUUUAGUGAUCAUUGACGAGUGAAGCGAGCUAUGUACAUCAUUUUUGAAGAUUCGAUAUCUUUUUUCCUCGAUAACUCCCUUUGUUAUACUUAGUGAAAAUGAUAUCUUGUGGUGUUUCAUUAACAGCUUUCAUUGAGAUUCCAUUUCCCUUGAUCUGGAAAA